AGGGCCGGCUAGCCAAAUUUUCUCCACUGAACGUGCCCCGAACAAUCACCGCCUUCAACCUUCUUCUUUAAUUUUCAGAUCUGCAUAAACAUAGCAGAAAUGGACACUCUAGACUCCGUCAUGCCGUCAUGGAUCCUCUCAGAGAAUUCUCCAAGGGCAGCGUCCGCUUCGUCAAGCGUUGCCACAAGCCUGAUCGCAAAGAAUUCAGUAAAGUCGCGUUCCGUACCGCCAUUGGAUUCGUGGUGAUGGGAUUUGUUGGAUUUUUCGUUAAAAUGAUCUUCAUUCCCAUUAACAACAUCGUCGUUGGUUCUGCUUAGCCUGGUUCGAAAUUGAAGAUAGCUAGGGGGAUGGAAUCAGUCCGGCCAAUUACAACUUGUAUCCAAAGAGGUGCUUAGCAUAGAGCAAACAUUUGACUUUUUUUCAGUUAAAUGUAUCAGUACUUUGAAUGGACUUAUAAACGCGGUUGAAUGGAACAUUUGGGAUCUCUUUGAAGCUGUUUUA